AUGUCUUCCAACUCGCUCAACUACCCGCUCCUCGCCAUCCCAGCCUACUAUGUCUUCUCUCUGGUCCCGCACAUGUACGCUGGUAGCAUCCUCUCCGCUAACGGCUACAAAGUCAACAAUGCGAACCCCAAGGCUUCUUUGUCGCCUGACGCCGUAAAAGGCAAGGUCCCUGAUGCUGUCUUCCAGAAAUACCAGCGAGCCGAGAACGCCCAGUCCAACAACAUCGAACAAAUGCCCCUCUUCGCGGCUGCCAUCAUCGCCAGCAUCAUCGCCGAGCGCACCACCGCAACAGGAAUGGGACGGGAGGUCAUCUCAGGCGACGCAACGGGCUUGACCACAUUCAUAUCAGCUUGGUUCGUGGUCAGGGCAGCAUACGCUGUUUCGUAUGUACAAAUCGCCGACCACUCUAAGAGCUUCAUCAGGAGCAGUUUCUGGGCUACUGGCUUCGGACUAGCUGCAUACCAGAUCUACAAGGCUGCUGCCCUCCUGGGUUAG